AUGGCAUCCUCCUCCUUCUCCACCACCACCCGCCCCCUCACAACCCUCCCAACCCCCUCCCAAACCUCCCUCAUCAACCUCACCAACGUCCUCUCCCACGCCCUCGACAACGACCUCUCCGAACCCUCCGACCUGCAAAUCCUGCACUCAGAUGCCCAGCAGACGGAUAUCGUCGUCCGCGGCGAGCGGAUGAGUAUUCUUUUCGAGAACCCUGUUGCGCUCGAUGCCCUCACCGGUGAACGUCCGAACUCCGCACAUUUCACCCGUCCCGGCUCGUUCCAUGGGCCUCCCAACCCCCUCGGCUCUCACCCCCCGUCUCCGCCUGCUAUGCCAUCGUCGCGUGUGAGGGUUGUGGAGACGGAGGGGGAGGUUGUGAAGGUCUCCGCGGCCGAUCAGGUUGUUAUGAGUAAGGUGGAGAUUGUGAAGAGUAUUACUAGGCAUAUUCUUCGGAAGAAGGGGAAGGGGGGUUCUUAG